AUGUUUCAACAUAUUGAUCAUAUCGGUUCACAAGAAUCGAUCCCUAAAAUGAGCAAGUCAGAGUCCUCCUCCGUCGUGGAUCUCAACGCCACCCUGCAGGAGUCACAUCCUUCACCUCUCCAGCGCUUGAAAAAACAUUGGAAGGAGAUAAAAAAGGAGUGGGGACCUCUCAUGGCGGCCAAGGAGAGCAUUGAUGACGAGUACACUUUCCCACCGGGCCGUUAUUGUGGGCAAGCGCACAGAUAG